UUUCCGGUGUUGUAGUUCAAACGUUGGCUCAGGUUGACUUGCUGGUAGGUGACCAAUUUCAAUUACCUCCAACAUGGCUCAUUACAAAGGCGCAGCAUCAGAGGGAGGAAGAGCCCAAAUACUGAUGAAAAAACGUCAGAAAGAACAGGAGGAGAUCGAGACAAGAAAACGCAAGAUAGAGGAUGAGUUGAAGAUAGGAAGUAUUCAAAACAAGUUUGCCUCGCAUUACGAUGCAGUGGAACAACAGCUGAAGUCCAACACUAUCGGUCUUGUUACACUGGAUGAGAUGAAAGCAAAGCAGGAGGAUGUGAUAAAAAAGCGACAGCUUCAGCUGGCCAAGAAAGAUGCUCAGGCCAGACUCAUAGAGAAAGAAAAAGAGAGAAAAAAGAAAAAAGAACAGCAAAAGAUUGCCAGUCUCUCCUUUGACCCUGAUGAAGAGGAGGAGGAGGAGGAGGAGGUAGAAGAAGAAGAAAUUCCAAAGGAGGAGGUAGAAGUGACAGGGAAGAAAAAGAGACUGGGUAAAAAUCCUGAUGUGGAUACAAGUUUCCUGCCUGACCGGGACAGAGAAGAGGAGGAAAACAAACUGAGGGAGCAGCUUCGACAAGAAUGGGAGGAGAGACAAGAGAAGAUGAAAAACGAGGAGAUAGACAUCACAUACAGUUACUGGGAUGGAUCCGGCCAUAGACGACAGGCACGCAUGAAAAAAGGCAAUAGCAUUCAGCAGUUCCUACAGAAGUGUCUGGAGAGUCUGCGGAGAGAGUUUAAUGACCUUAAGGUUGUGUCCGUCGACCAGAUGAUGUAUGUGAAGGAGGACUUGAUUAUUCCACACCACUACACAUUUUACGAUUUUAUUGUCACCAAGGCACGUGGGAAAAGUGGCCCUUUGUUUAGUUUCGACGUUCAUGAUGACGUGAGGAUAAUUAAUGAUGCCUCAGUGGAGAAAGAUGAAUCCCAUGCGGGGAAGGUUUGUCUCAGAGCAUGGUACGAACGAAAUAAGCACAUCUUUCCUGCAAGUAGGUGGGAACCAUAUGAUCCAGAGAAGAAAUGGGAUGAGUACACUGUGUCUGACAAAAACGCUGCUAAAAUUACUGUCAAGUAAUUGCUUAUGUGUCCAUAUCUUUUAGAAAUUAAUGAGGUAUUGUUUACACACAACAAUACAUGUGACAGUCCAAGACUGAAGAUAGGCAGGCAUUUGUGAACAUGAGGAAUUCUAAAUUCUAAGCCAUAUUUUUCACUCGUAAUGUACAAAAGCUUAAACUAAACUACAUGUCAUUGGAUGAUUCUUGUGAACUUUUUGUUUGUCAAGGCAGACUUUAAGAUUGAUACUUUUCUUUCAAGAAAAUGUACUGGACAAAUAGCAUGCUUGUUGUCCUUUGCAAUUAAAAAAAAAUGUUGAGAAUUGCAUAUAUCUUGGUGCUUAAAAUGUAUGCACAGACCCAGUACAUUCAAUAUAGAUUAAUGUGUAAACUGUCAUCAUUUAGUACUUGGCUCAUAGUACUGAAGUGUUUAAAUGUUGGUAAUUAGUAAGUUAUAAUAUUGUAACUUUUUAUAUGAUUGCUGUAGCAUUCAAAUAAAAUCUAUGAAUUAAUGCCUUA